CCCAUCAUUCCUUACACACCGGAAACGGAAACUAGCGCGAAGAUAGCGGAUGGUCUGAUGUUCGAGAAAAUAGAUUCUUCCUAAUGCCGGAAAAGAUCGCUGUUUUUGAAACACACACUAAGACACAUCGCCCUGAAGAUUAGGAUCAAAAUCAACGGUUUUGAAAAAGGUGGUGCUGACAUAUUCUUUCUAGGUUUGACUGCAAUGGAGGGCUCAGACAAUGCAGAGCAGGGCAGUAGUGAACAGGCUGAUUCACAACGCAGGCAACAACAGGACCGCCUUCACAGAGAGGAGGCCUUCUACCAGUUUGUUAACAAUCUGAGUGAGGAGGAAUACAGGCUUAUGAGAGACAACAAUCUUCUUGGCACACCAGGUGAAAUUACUGAGGAAGAGUUGUUGAACCGCCUUCAUCAAAUUAGGGAUGGCCCUGAACAACCACACAGUAGCAGUAGCAGCAGCACCAACAGCAACAAUAGUCCUGAAGUCAGCAGGGCAGAACCCAGAGUUUCAGAGGCAGAGGGUACAGAUGAAGCAUCUAAUGGUGACACUCUUCUUGACUGGCUCAACACUGUUCGUCAAACAGGCAACACCACAAGAAGCGGGCACCGGGGCAACCAGUCGUGGCGGGCGGUGAGCCGAACCAAUCCAAGCAGCGGAGACUUCCGCUUCAGCUUGGAGAUAAACAUCAAUCGCAACAUUGCUGAGCAGCAAACACAGACUGAGGCCGAUCGGCUAGAUGCAGACCAAAGCCGUGCUAGUGGCACUGCGCCUGAACCUGAGACACCCAUGGAGGCGGCAGAGGUGGUUGAAGAGCCAGUGGUGGAAGAGAUGGCUGUUAUAGUUGAACCAGAGCUUCCUGCACCUACUAGCCCAGUUGCAACCCGGCCGGCAAGUCCACAAAUUCAGGUUCCACUUCCUCCAAGUCCUCCUCCAGUAGAGCGCCCAAGUAGAGGCCAGAUUAGAGCUCGUAGUCCAAGCCCAGAACAGCGCAGAACCAGGGCGCGAACAGCUAGGAGUCAUUUAGCUCUCAGUCUGGACCAGUUAGAUGGGCUUCCGCAAGCUCGCCAUGGACUUCCCUCUCGAAGUCCUGAUCCUGUUCCAGAAGUUCAGGUAGGCAGCAGCUACAGGACACGACUACAUGCUUUUUCUCGGCAGAAUAUACAGUUAGAAAGUGAGGAAACUGUAGCAACUACAGAGCCCCAACCAGCACCUCAGUCUCCCCAGGAAACUGAAGCAUCUUCAGGAGAAGCAGGUGCUUCAGCCCGUCGUCCUCCAACAAUAAUGCUGGACUUGCAGGUUCGUAGGGUGCGACCGGGCGAGUACCGUGAGAGAGACAGCAUUGCCAACCGCACCCGCUCUCGAUCACAGACCUCCAACAACACUUUCUUGUAUGAAACAGAGCGUGGAGGCUUUCGCAGGACCUUUUCGCGUUCAGAGCGAGCAGGUGUGAGGACGUACGUCAGCACUAUUCGCAUUCCCAUCAGGAGGAUCUCAGACGCCGGUCUUGGUGAGGCCACCUCCAUGGCCCUGCAGUCCAUGAUCCGUCAGAUCAUGACUGGCUUUGGUGAACUCAGUUACUUCAUGGACUCUGACUCGGACUCCACAGACUCAAGCCGUGGCUCCAACCCCGCGGCAGAUCUCGCAGAUGCUCUGGGAAAUCCAGAUGCUGGAAGCCCCUCUACUGAGCCAUCACCUGGGGCAGGAGGCUCAAAUCAGAGUGGCUCUGAAGCACAGACUGAAGAGAGGGAGGACAGUGGUGCAGCUCUCCGAGAGAGCAGGGCGAGGCAACGAGCUCCUAUCAGCCUAGAGGAUUCUGGCUCUUUGCCCUUUCUGCGACUUGCACAUUUCUUCUUGCUCAAUGAUGAAGAUGAUGAUCAGCCCAGGGGCCUCACCAAAGAGCAAAUCGAUAACCUCUCCAUGCGAAAUUUCGGUGAGAGUGAUGCACUCAAGACCUGUAGUGUCUGCAUUACAGAGUAUGCUGAAGGCAACAAGCUUCGUAAACUUCCCUGCUCACAUGAGUACCACGUGCAUUGCAUUGACCGUUGGCUUUCAGAGAAUUCAACUUGCCCCAUCUGUCGCAGGGCAGUCCUUGUUUCUGCCAACAGAGAGAGCGUUGUCUAGACUCUUAUCAAACUUCAUGCUAUUCUUUCGCCUUAUUAUAACAUUUGGUACCUUGUAAUGAAUCGUGUCUCACAGACACGCAAACUAUGUUAGAGUAUCAGCUUGAUGAGAUGUGUAGAGUACAUUUACAGAGACACUUCACUUCAGCUCAAAUCCAGACUUUUACAUACUUAAGGUUCCAAUAAAAUAGUAAAUGUUAUUUAUCCAAAAUAUGUUUGAUUACCUUGCAACCUUGUGAUUAAGAAUUAAGAACUAAUAAUUUGUGCUUAUACGUUAGACUGGGUGCAGUUUGAUUAGGUGGAAAGCAGGCAUUCUGGUAGUCAAAAGAUAUAUUUAUGUACGAUUUAUUGCUUUUGGAUUACCUAAAGAAUUGUUUUACUCCAUUGUAAUUGCAAUUUGGACACCAUUUUUAAGUUCUCAGUGAAAGUUAAUAAGUAACAUUUUUCCUUCAUUAUACAUAAGUGUAAAAAGAUUUAAUGCUAUUAAAUGAUCUAUAAUUGAGUUUCCAGUUUGGCCAACCAGAAGCUUUACUUCAGCUAAGAACUGUUUCCUCACACAUUAAUGAAACCUAGUCUAAUAUAUUGUCAUUAGAAGGUCUUGAAAAUCCAUUUUAGCCUUAAUUUAAUCUGUAUGGAAUAUCUUACUGAUUUCUUUUCUUUUUGUAAAGAAGGAGCGUUCCUGAGUAUUGUUGUGUGGCAAAUUGUGUGGCGAAUGUGACUUUCAAGCCCUAUAUAAUGCCAUCAUGCUGUAUUUACUCCCAAGGCCCAAGAUCAAAUCAUAUCACUUUCUAUUUCCGACUAAAAGACUUGCCUACAUAUCACAAAUGCUAGUGCAAUAUUUACAACAACAACAAAAAAGUAGAAUUUGAUCUGUAUAAACUUCGAGAUUCAAGUUCGAAUUGAAGAGCUAUCUCCUGGAAACAACGUUUCUCUACGUCUUCUGUGUGUUGCAAUAGCACUACUCUGUUGUGGCGAACUGAAACACUGAAGGUUAUUUUCUUCAUCUUAUCCAAUAAUAGGUUUUUAAUGUAUUUGUUAAAUAAAGUUUCUGGUUGAAGAGUUCUGAAGAAUGAGUAAAGACAGACAAAAACAAUCAAGUUGUCUUAAUCCUUGGAA